UGUUCUUGUAUUUCAUUUUGACUGGCCAGAUCUCUGAGGACUUCUUGCUAAAAUACAGCAGAACGGUUGCCUAAUUCACAGCAGCUAUGAGUGAAAUUCCCAAGGAGUCCUUGAAGGCCAUUUUGUUAGAGUUAGAAUGUCAUUUUACAUGGAAUUUACUUAAGGAAGACAUUGAUGUGUGUGAGGUAGAAGACACAAUUGGGCAACAGCUUGAAUUUCUUACCACAAAAUCCAGACUUUCUCUUUAUAAUUUAUUGGCCUAUGUGAAACAUCUGAAAGGCCAACAUAAAGAUGCUUUAAAGUGCUUGAAGCAAGUAGAAGAAAUAAUCCAGAGAGAUCAUGCAGACGAAGAGGAAGUUCGGAGCCUGGUCACUUGGGGAAACUAUGCCUGGGUGUCUUAUCACAUGGACCAGCCUGAGGCAGUUCAGAAGUAUAUAGACAAGGUAGUGCAUGUCUGCAAGAAAUGGUCCAGUCCUUCUAAGUACAAGUUGGAGCGUCCUGAGAUUGACUGUGACAAAGGGUGGGCACUCUUGAAGUUUGGAGGAAAGUAUUACGAAAAGGCUAAAGCAGCUUUUGAGAAGGCUCUGGAAGUAGAACCUGAUAACCCAGAAUUUAACAUUGGUUAUGCCAUCACAGUGUACCGGCUGGAUGAUUUUGACAGAGAAGGGUCUGUGAAGAGCUUUUCCCUGGGUCCUCUGAGGAAGGCUGUGACUCUGAACCCAAAUGACACCUACGUUAAAGUAUUUCUGGCACUGAAGCUUCAAGAUGUACAUGCAGAAGCUGAAGGAGAAAAGUAUAUUGAAGAAAUACUAGACCAGAUAUCAUCCCAGCCUUAUGUCCUUCGUUAUGCAGCCAAAUUCUAUAGGAGAAAAAAUUCUUGGAACAAAGCUCUUGAACUUUUAAAAAAGGCCUUAGAGGUGACACCAACCUCGUCUUUCCUGCAUCACCAGAUGGGACUUUGCUACAGGGCACAAAUGAUCCAAAUCAAGAAGGCAACAUGCAACAGACCUAAAGGAAAAGAUAAAGCGAAGGUUGAGGAGCUGAUUACAUCUGCUAUAUUUCAUUUCAAAGCAGCUGUGCAACGGGACUCUAUGUUCACCUUUGCCUACAUGGACCUCGCCAACAUGUAUGCUGAGGGAGGUCAGUAUCGCAAUGCUGAGGACAUUUUCCAGAAAGCCCUGCACCUGGAGAACAUAACUGAUGAUCACAAACAUCAGAUCCACUACCACUAUGGCCGCUUUCAGGAAUUUCACCGUAAAUCAGCAAAUAUUGCCAUCUACCAUUAUUUAAAAGCCCUAAAGGUCAAAGACAGGUCAUCCUUACGUUCCAAACUGACAAGUGCUUUGAAAAAACUGGCUACCAAGACACUUUAUCACAAUGCUUUCGAUGUGCAGAGUUUAAGUGCCCUGGGAUUUGUUUAUAAGCUCGAGGGAGAAAGGAGGCAAGCUACUGAGUACUAUGAGAGAGCCCAAAAGAUAGAACCUGAAAAUGUAGAAUUCCUUACUGCUCUCUGUGAGCUUCAAAUUUCUGUUUAAAUACAUACUCUAGGAAAUUAGUUCUCAGCUUUCCCUUUCAUUUUGGGUUCUCAUGUUGUUGUUUUAAUCCAUGGUUCAUUAUAGAGCCAAUAUUUCUUAAAUAGUGUAUAUCAAAUAUCAUACUAAAUUUUUAUGCAUUAUGAUGAAUAUUUUGCUGUUUUCUCUCUUCUCUUUAGUUAAAAUAUUACAAUCUAUUAAGAAACAGCAGCAGUCUAGCUGUUGUAAUUUUUUAAAUGGUAUGAUCAUCAUGACUUUAUGCCUUUUAUCUAUUUACAAUAUUUUUCUAAUUAAAUUUUGUCAAAUUUCCCUUAUUACCUAUAAAGUCAAUAUAAUCAUAAAAUGAGUUAAACUAUUAACUAUGUAGUUUGCAAAAUAUUCAAAUGUUCCAGUUAUGGCUGUUUCAACUUUAACAAGGAUGUUUAACUGCCAACCUUAUAAGUCACCUGAAGAAUCCUUUUUGUUAGAAAAAAUAAUAGUAAAAAUUCAUCUCUGGUGACUUUAAUAAAGACAGAAAAACUAAACAGGAGAAGAUUUUCUCAAAUUCUAAAUAACACAGAACUUAGGCAAUGCAUGAGAAAUCAGAAAUAGCAUCUUCCAAAAUGUUCAUUUAAUACUUCAAAAAUAUGAGAAAAACUGAGUAAUGGACAAUAUUAAUCUUGUAUUACUAUUGUUUUACUUAGAGAAAUAAACUAAUACUGAAUCUACAUGGAAGUGUAUUCCUUCCAAUUAAAAUUGCAGUGUUGUUCAAUUAAAAUCAUUGUAAAACUUCAAAUAAUGCAGGAGUAUACUCAUCCCCUCCCUUCUUU